GCAUUUGCAUCAUUAGGAUUAGGGACGUGCGUUUGGUAGAAUUGAGUAGUGGCGCGCAGUACGAAGGAUAUGCUUCACCAAUCACAUGGGCCAUUAACGCCGUCGAUCUGCUGUUUUGCAGGGACACGACACGAGUCAACGAGGAUAGUCGUCGCAAUCAAGCGAAGGAGAGGAGAGGAUACAAGGCAAGGCAAGGCAAGGCAAGGCAAGGCAAGGAGUCAAGGACGGUUGCGAUUACGAUUAUGAUUACAAUUACGAUUACGACGGCGAACGUCCAUCAAUAAGAGAAACGGGCCCGUGCGCCCACCCAAACCCAACAACUCCAAACCCGAAGCCCCCACGGCGCAGGCCUAGGUGUAGGCGGCGCGGACCAGGGCCGGGCCGCCGGAGGCGCGCUACUUGGCGGCGGCGCAGGGGAGAUGUGCGAGGGGAGGCGGCCGGUGGACGCGAGCCGGGCGGGGUGGGCGGCGGCGGCGGAGCUGCGGCGGAGAGAGGCGGCGGCGCGGGCGCGCCUGGCGGAGGCGCUGGCGGAGCUGGAGCGCGCGCGGGCGCGCGCCGCCGAGCUGCAGCGGCGCAUCGAGCAGACAUACGGCAAGCGCCGGCGCCUCCUCGAGGAGACCCGCGGCCGGAUCCACGAGAUCCACGCGCGCCUCCACCAGGACCAGGACCGGGAUCAGGAGCAGGAGCAGGAGCCCUCCGCCAGCGGCACUUCCUCUCCGUCCUCGUCGUCGUAGGGAACAAGCGAGUUGGCGCUGGAUCAUCGAUGGUUUCUACUGCUACGCCGCGCGCUUCUUUCCCGUUUCCUCUUGUCUUAUCGUUAGCUUGCAAGCUUGACUUUGGCCAUGUACCGUAGCUGUAGUAUACACGACUCUCUCUGACCUACAGAACGUCAGAAAAUUGCUCAGUGACUGAAUUGGAUUGGGAGUUAGUUCUAGAAACACUCUAAUCAGACUAAUAAAAUUCGUUCACUGCUGUGUUGGCUCGUGACUGAAUUCGUCACGAGAUAA